AUGGCGGCGAUGCGGGGCCGAUGGCCCGAGCGCGGCCUCACCGUGGCGGCAGCGGCGGGGCCCGAGCGGAAAGGACUGCGCGUGCGCCGCGCCGCCGCUUCCGCCGCUGAAAGGCCCCCGGCGGCGGGGCUGCCCACGGCGCUGCCUGUGCGGAGCGCAGGACCCUUCCCGCCUGGGAACGGGCAGCCCCGGCAGUGCCUGAUGGGCUCAGCACCGAGACGCGCGCCCCACACCGUGUUACCCCCGGCUGUGCCAUCCCCCCACGGCCCCACACCGUGUCACCCCCGGCUGUGCCAUCCCCCCACGGCCCCACACCGUGUCACCCCCGGCUGUGCCAUCCCCCCACGGCCCCACACCGUGUCACCCCCGGCUGUGCCAUCCCUCCACGGCCCCACACCGUGUCACCCCCGGCUGUGCCAUCCCCCCACGGCCCCAGCCGUGUCACCCGCGGCUCCCCGCCGUGCCCGCUGUCCUUCUCAGCGGGACUGUAAAGCCCUGCCCGGGUUUCCCGGAGAGCCGCGGGUCCCACCCCGGGCCAAGGGCUCGAGGCUCCCGGAGGCACCGAAGUGCUCGGCUCCCCAAAACACCCGCCCGGGAGCCGCGACUCCCCUGACCCCCGUCUGGGAGCUCUCGUUCCGGGGGGGAUGGGACUGCAGCCGUGUCCCCUUGGGCACACCCCGUGUCCCCCCCGCCCAGCCCGGGGCUCUCCCGCCCCGUCUGGGGGUUUGA